UUUUGACAGCAAAGCAAAUUACACACGACACGGCAUUAGUAGAUUGGCUUCGGUUUUUAAGAUAUAAUUUUUUUUAUAUUAAGUAAAUAGUCAAUUAAUAACUCAUAGUUAUAAUUAUUUAAUACAUUAAAAUGCUCUUUGAAGCCUUCAUUUUAUUGGUAGUACUCCCGCUUUUCUUCCUCACGUUGCUACUGUUCGGAGCCUUCGUGAUCAUCCCGGGCGCCUUCAUCUUUGCGUCAUGGUACAUGCGAAUAUACGAGCGAAAGAAACAACGGAGGCUACGAGAUGGGCCUAAUUUGGCGUUCUUCCACCCGUAUUGUAAUGCCGGUGGCGGUGGAGAACGGGUGCUUUGGGUGGCUAUUAAGGCAAUUUUGACAAGAUAUCCAGACACCAAUAUAUACAUUUACACCGUGGACACGGCAGAGCCUCAGACCAUUGCCAACAAAGUGCAGAAUACAUUUAAUGUCAAAGUUGAUGCCAGUAAACUUAACUUUAUUAGGUUGGUGUCAAAACGGGUGAUAGAGGCAAGCUCAUACCCUUACUUCACACUGCUGAUGCAGAGUCUAGGCUCUAUGGUGAUGGGAAUGGAGGCCUUCAUGAAGUUCAAUCCAGAUAUCUUCAUAGAUACAACAGGAUAUGCCUUCACCUACCCAAUCUUCCGGUACCUGGCGCAAUGUCCGGUGGGCACAUACACCCACUACCCUAUCAUCACCAAAAGCAUGAUGCGGCGCGUGCAGCAGCGAAUUGUCUCCUACAAUAAUAGGGGGAUUAUAGCCAGGAAUCCAGUUUUUACUUGGUGCAAGCUGUUGUACUACAAAGCUUUUGGUUGGCUGUAUGGAAUCGUGGGGCGCUGCGCUGACGUGGUGAUGGUGAACGGGACAUGGACGGAGGAUCACAUCAACGACUUGUGGAACUCGCCUUUCAAGACGCACCGGGUCUAUCCGCCUUGUGAAGUAACAGAGCUGAAGCAGCUUCGAUCUCUAGUCAAAGACACGGAUCCCAUCCGGAUACUAUCCGUGGCGCAGUUCAGGCCCGAGAAGGAUCAUCCGCUCAUGCUGCAAGCUAUGUACGAGUUAAGGAACCUACUCGUCAAGAACGAAGUGCUUUGGAAUAAGAUUAAACUGGUAUUCGCCGGCGCGUGUCGCAACGCUGAAGAUGAAGAGCGUGUCCAGAACCUCAAAGAUUUGGCGAAGCAUCUGUCUCUGGAGAACAGCGUGCAGUUCGUCGUGAACGCUCCCUACGCGCAGCUGUUACAGCUGUACCAGACGUGCAGCAUAGGGCUGCAUGCUAUGUGGAACGAGCACUUCGGAAUCAGCGUGGUAGAACUAAUGGCCGCGGGUCUGAUCACCAUCGCGCACCGCUCGGGCGGCCCGCUGGCCGACAUCGUGGAGACCAGCGACACCAGCCGGACUGGCUUCCUGUGCUCGGAGGCGGACGAGUACGCCCGCGCCAUACUUGAAGUCAUAGCCCUAGCGCCUGACGAGCGCCAGCGAAUCAUAGACGCCGCACGGGCAUCUGUAGAUCGGUUCUCCACUUUGGAGUUCGAGAAGACCUUCCUUCGGGUGGCAGAACCUCUGAUGAAGCUCGACUCGUAGAAUUAUUAAUGUAAGCACCGAUACUUAAUUGUGAGGUACUACCAAUCUGGGUGACCUUAGCUUACAUAUAUACCUAUAAAUAAUUCUGUAAUAUUUGCUAGAGUUAGACCAUGAUAAAUCUGCAGCGAUUUUGAUAGCCCAGAGUCCCAGACUGUGCAAGUGACAUUUAAACGUAAAACUUCUAUGAAAUGAUGACGUUUACAUAAUACUUGCUCAGUCGUUGCCGAGUUAUCUUGGUCUAACUAUAAAAUUGUUUAACUAUUUUUGAUUUAAAAAAUGUUUAUAAGUAGAGAUUGUGUUAUAGUAAGUAAAAUGUGGUUUAUAUAUAGACCAGCGGUUGAACAAAAAUGGGUUUCGAUAAUAUUAAAGUUUUUUCUUUUUUGAUAUGUCAUUGGGAGUAUGUUAAAUAAUACUUUGGUAAAAAGUUAGAAAUUUUAAGGUUGUGCUUUCUGUUAUAUUUAAAUAUUUUAAUUUUUGCUAAUAACUAAGUAAAUAUAGAAUUAAAGUUACAGAAAACUUUAGCAUAUCGAAUAACACUUCAAUUUAUGUACAAUUUUCAGUUUUUAGAAAUCUGGAACAGCUGCUUUCUAGUAAACGUAAAAACACGAGUUAUUUUGUAAAUAUAGAAUUAGAGUUGCUGAUAUUGCAAAAUUACGAUAUUAUCGAUCAACUUAGUAUUCUAGUAAAAAGUUAGACAUGUAGACAAUGUGCUUGUCUAGAU